GGGCAUCGAUUGAAGAAUUUCGAUUGUCGGUUGUUCAGAGAGUUGAAGCAGAUUCCAAGGGAAAAUUCUCUUCUUCUGACGGGCACUCCUCUACAGAACAACCUUGCUGAGCUGUGGGCGCUGUUGAACUUCAUUCUUCCCGAAAUUUUCAAUGAUGUGAGACAGUUCCAGUCAUGGUUUGAUUUUGCAACUGCGAAGGAUCAAGCAAGCAAUCAAGAGGACGCUGACAGAGAAAGAAGUAGACAGGUUGUGAAAAAGUUGCAUCAGAUCUUACGGCCAUUCUUACUGAGGCGCUUAAAGGAGGAUGUGGAGAAGUCUCUUCCACCAAAGAAGGAGAUUAUCCUUUAUGCCAGAAUGACAGAGCAACAACAAGUCAUUUAUCAAAAUCUUGCAAAGAGGACACUUGAGGAGUACAUUCAGACUGUUGCACCAGGUGCUCGACAGACAAGUUUGAACAACAGGAUUAUGCAACUCAGGAAAGUCUGCAAUCAUCCAGAUUUAAUUAUGGGUCAUGUCGCUUGUUCUCGGCCUCCACCUAUGGGAGGAGGCGUGCCACCUCAGCAGAGUAAUUCCGGUAUGGGCCAACCACCUCCACUGUCGGGUCCCCCGAUGCAGAAUCGCGGUAAUGCACCAAUGGGCCAAAACCUGCAUAGCCAGCGACCCGUCGUCCCUCCUCCUACCUCUGCGGCUCCCAUGUCUUUUGCAAGUUUGCCCCCUCAUCCUUCUCAUCCAUUGCAGCAGCCACCCAUGCGCUAUGGUCCUCCUCUAGGUCAACAACAGCCUGCACCGCCACAGCAGCAGCAGCAGCAGCAGCAGCAGCAGCAGCAGCAGCAACAACAGCAGGCAUUUAGGUCUCCAGCGGGCGGGUUAGGCCAGCCGCCGACGGGCAUGCCUCCGUCGUUAGUGAUGCCCCCUCCCUCCCAAGGCUUACCCCCUCCCUCAACUGGGAUGAAUCUUUCCCAGGUUCUGCCCCCUCCUUCUCAGGGCAUGCAACCUCCUUCGCAGAACAUGCAGCAGCCUUCUCAACAGGCCCUGCAGCAGAAAGCUAUGCCCCAGUCACAGCAAGUAAUACAUCCUCCACCCCCCCAGGGCAUGCAACAACCCCCACCCCAGGGGUUACAGCACAGCCAACAGGGAAUGCAGUUGUCACUGCACGGGAUGCAGCAGCAGGGUGGCCAUCUCGUUCAGGGAGGGAUGCAGCCCCCUCCUCAGGGCAUGCAGCAGCAGAGAAUACAGCCUCCCCCGCAGCAGCAGGGUAUGACCCCGCCGCAGCAUGGAAUGCAGCCACCGCAACAGCAAGGCAUGCAUACUGGCAAUCAGGCCAUGCCACCAAUGUCGCAAGGUGGAAUGACCUCACAAGGGGCCCGAGGACUGUCGGGAAUCGGACCACCUCCUAGCAUGCCGCCUCCUCACAAUGUGGGUGGAGUAUCAGGUCAAAACAUGGGACCUCCACCGAACAUGGGGCAGAGAAGCUUGUCUUCUCCUAUGAGAUCCGGGCAACAACAUGCGCCGCCUCCUUCCUCUCAACAGCAGCAGCAGCAGCAGCAGCAGCAGCAACAGCAGCAGCAGCAGCAGCAGCAGCAACAGCAGCAGCAGCAGCAGCAACAACAGCAGCAGCAGCAGCAGCAGCAGCAGCAGCAGCAGCAGCAACAACAGCAGCAACAGCAGCAAAUGCAGAAUGCCGCAGGUGCCCUUCAGCAGCACCAGAGGCCACCAGCGGGAUCACAGGGACCACACAUUCAACCGCCACAAUUAGUGAUGCAAGGGCCGCCAAUGCAGAACAUGAAUAGCGUCGUACAGCCAGGUAACGCGUACGGAAUUCGAGGUUUCCCGCCUACGGCACAGCAGCCGCAGCAACAGUACGGCCCACCGAUGAGCCCGUUCAGCAUUCUCCCGACGCUGAAUCAUCAGCAUCACCACGGGCAGCCAUCAUUCAUGCCAUCUGCUACACCAUCAGGGCAGUCUGCAGCAAUGCAGCCUCCGCCGCAGCAUCAGCAGCAGCAGCUGACGGGGCCGCCUCACUGGGGCGGUCAGCUGCCGAGUCCUGGCGGUGGAGCAGGAACGACCCUGCAGCCACUGCCUCAACAGCAGCCUCAGGCGCAGGGGCAGCCUCAGGUCGUCGUGCCGGUCUCGGGAGCGCAGGUGGGCGCAGCGCCACCUGCAAUGGCAAUGGCGGUAGCGGCCCCGCAGCUGCAGCCCGUCGCACAGCAGCAGCACCAGCAGCACCAGCAGCACCAGCAGCACCAGCAGCACCAGCAGCAGCAGCAACACCAGCAACACCAGCAACACCAGCGACCUCCUACUGUUAUGAGCAAUGCUGUUGCGAUGUCACCCACUGCCGCCCAACAGCCUGUUGGCGUGGCGGCAGCCUCUCCCGCGGGAGCGAUGAUGACGCCAUCGCCGGUUGGCGCCACAGCAGCGGCAUCACCCGCGGCGAAGCCGGCGGUAGCGGGGACGCACGGUGGGCUGGGCUCCGCUCCUGCCCCUUCUUCAUCUAGUAGUGCUACCUCUAGUAGUGCCUCUGGUGCUGGUUCCGCCCCUGCGACUGUGACGCCAUCGGAGUGGUCAGAGCAUACAGCCCCCGACGGGAGGAAAUACUACUUCAAUAGGAAAACGAAGAGCUCGAGUUGGGAGAAACCCAUGGAGCUGAUGACUCCCACAGAGCGGGCGGAUGCCAUGACUAUGUGGAAAGAGUUCACUACCACCGAUGGGAGGAAGUAUUAUUACAAUAAGUACACGAGGCAGUCCAUGUGGCGAAUGCCAGCCGAGAUGAAACUAGCUAGGGACAAAGCUGCAAGAGAGCAGGCAGUUAAGCCUGCAACAGCAGGGCUGAGCACCGCAGCAGCUGCUCCGUCAGCAGCAGCGUCGGCAGGGCAAGCGGCUGCAUCUGCUGCCGCCACCGCCGCCACAGGGUCCGUGUCGGGAUCUGCUGCUGCCACCGCUUCUGGUCCCGCUGGUGCAGGCGCAGCUGCCGUGGCGCCGACCGGAACUCCUGCGACGGCGACGGCGGCGGCGAUGGCCACGUCGACGGCGGCGGCAGUUCCGCCGGCUGCACCUGGUCCAGUGGCUGGUCCGGCUGGGGCUCCUGGAACAGUGCUUGCGUCCGUGGCGGCUCCCCCUGCUGUCGUGGGGUCCGUCUCCGGGGGGCUUGCAGUCCCGCCCGUCUCGCCCGCUGCUGCUCCCGCAGCCAUGGCGGCAAACACUGGAGGUGCAGGUGUAGUAGCGCCUGUCGUCGCCCCAAGUGCGCAGUCGCCCAUGAUCGUACCCUCACCCAUUGCAGCCAACCCCGCGCUUGUAUCUCCCGUCGCCACGGUCUUGCCCAUGAGGGGUCCCGGAGGACCGGUCACUGCUCUCUUCCCUGCCGCCGCUGCGGGUGCAACGGACGCCGCCACCGUGCCGCUUGUGCAAGCAGCCGCCGCCAUGCCGAUCGUUAGUUCCGUGGCGCAGAAUGCCGCCGGCGGCGCAACUCUGGCUAACGCCACGACGGUCGGCGCAGCUGCGGGGCCACCUGCUGCUGCUGCUGCGGUUGCUGAUGCUGUGGCUGGCGCGGCAGCCCCGGACUCGACGCCAACUGUGGCUAUCACUGCGCCUGCAGGCGGGCCGCAGGCCGCAGGUAAGGAUAAGCCGGCGGAAGAACAGGCGGAAGCCUCCGCUCAGGAUCUCGAGGAAGCGAAGAAGGCCAUGCCCAGUACUGGAAAAAUCAACGUCACUCCUGUCACGGACACCAAACCGGUCGUUCAAGCCAAAGAACCCCUCGUUUUCGCAAAUAAGAAUGAGGCGAAACUCGCGUUUAAGGAUCUGUUAGAGUCGGUGAACGUCGGCUGUGACUGGACUUGGGAACAAGCCAUGAGAUUGAUUGCAAAUGACGAAAGGUAUGGGGCGCUCAAAACCUUGGGCGAGAGAAAGCAGGCCUUCAACGAGUAUAUCACGCAGCGAAGGAAACAGGAGAAAGAUGAGAAACGACUCAAGUCCAAGAAAGCGAGGGAGGAUUUCGUCGCGAUGCUGGCCGACUCGAAGGAGCUGCAAUCCACGAUGAGAUGGAACAAAGCAGCCGUGCUUUUCGAGGAAGAUGCACGGUUCAAAGCUAUCGAGAACGAGAGGGAGAGGGAGGACUUGUUCGAGGAUUAUCUCGUGGAUUUGGAGAGGAAGGAGAGGGAGCAAGCGCGUGUCGAGAGGAAAGUCAAUCUUGCGAGGUACAGGGAGUUUCUUGAAUCUUGCGACUUCAUCAAGGCCAAUACCCAGUGGCGUAAGGUUCAGGACAGACUGGAGGACGACGAGCGAUGCCAGAAGUUGGAGAAAAUCGAUCGUUUGGAGGUUUUUCAGGAGUUCAUUCGUGACCUUGAGAAGAAGGAAGAGGAAGAGCGCCAGGCGCAGAAAGAGGUGAUCAGGCGUAAAGAGCGCAAGAAUCGCGAUGAACUGCGCAAACUGUUCGAUUCCCGCAGGAAGAGCGGCGAUCUGAAUGCGAAGACUAGGUGGAGGGAUUUCGUCAGUACCAUCACCGAUCACCCCGCGUACAUCGCCGUGGCCGACAACUCCUCGGGAGCUACCCCUAAAGAACUGUUCGAUGAUGUGAUGGAAGAGAUCGAGAACCAGUUUCACGAAGAUAAGGGGAGGAUUAAGGAUGCGGUUAAGUCGAAGGAUAUUCAAGUGUCCGGAAACUGGACGCUAGAAAGGUUUAAAACAGCUCUUUUCGGCGAGGGAGGGGGGGGGGGGGAUCUGGGGAGCAUAGCGGAAUCGAACGUGAAGAUAGUGUUUGAGGACUUGGUGGAUCGAGCGAAGGAGAAGGAGGAGAAAGAGAUGAAGAAGCGGAAGCGAGCGGCGGAUGAUUUCUCGGACUUCCUCCGCGGCACGAAAUCAAUUCAAGCGACGUCGAAAUGGGAAGACGUAAAGUCGUCAAUAGAUGAUGUGCCAGAGUACAAGACAGUGCCAGACGAGGCGGAGAGGAUCCGAAUAUUCAAUGAACAUAUCGCCUAUCUACAGCAGAGAGCGAGGGAGAAAGAGAGGAAGAAGGAGAAGGAGAAGGAAGAGAAGGCGAAGAAGGAGCGAGAGAAAGAGAAGAGGAAGGAGAGAGAAAGGGAGAAGGAGAGGGAGAGGGAGGAGAAGAAGGAGAAAGAGAAGGAAGAUAAGAAAGAGAGGGAAAAGGAGAAGGAGAGGGAAAAGGAGAAGGAGAGGGAGAAGGAGAAGGAGAGGGAAAAGGAGAAGGAGAAGGAAAGAGAAAAGGAGAAGGAGAAGGAGAGGGAAAAGGAGAAGGAGAAGGAGAGAGAGAGGUCUAAGAAGGACAAAGAAAUUAGUGCGGAUGAUGGUGAUGCUAGUGGUGCCGCCAACGACCACACCGGCAACCACAAGAGCGAAGAGAAGAAGAGGGAUCGUGACAGAGAUAGGGACAGGGAGAGGAGUGAGAGAAGUGACCGAGACCGCAGAUCUCGAAAGCGGCACAGGAGUGAUAGCAGUGAUGACGAUGUGUCAGAAGAAGAGAAGGAGUCGUCGAAGAGGAGGUCUCGCCGACACGAUAGGGGAAGUGACCAUAGGAAGUCGUCUGCCAGAAAGCAUGGCCACGGCUCGGACUCGGAGUCCGAUCAAGACAAACACUUAUCGAGGAGACACAGGCGGCAUGAGGGGAGUAGCAGAAGAAAUGGAGUGAUGGAGGCAGAAAUGACACAGGAGUUGGAAGACGGAGAAGUGGAUGGAGAGGAUGGCGAAAUUCGAUAGGCUGACGCUAUAUUCUGACGCGUUUUCAACAGAUCUCGCUGUGAGAAACCUUUGCUUGCUUGCUUGCUUGCUCCUAUGGUCGCUCAUUAAUUGAAUGACCCGUGUACACUUUGUUUUCUUGAUAAUGAUGUCAUCAUCAAACCAUCUUGGAAGUCGGGUCUCGUCCGUCGUUUUUGUACAUUCAGCCUGCUUUCUCUUACUCUCUUUGGUGCCCUCUUCCACGCACAUCCUCUGCUGGGCGUUUUAACACUUGGUUUUGAUUUCAAGAGUGAAUCACGAACCGGUGAUUCUCAGAUUGGCUUUCCCGAG